AUUAUAUUCUUUUCUAGCUACCUGAUGUACUAUGCUUUCUUGUGAUAUUUGUGGUGAAACAGUAACCUCAGAACCAGACAUGAAGGCUCACCUUCUAAUUGUUCACAUGGAAAAUGAAGUUAUAUGUCCAUUUUGCAAGUUGUCAGGCGUGAAUUAUGAUGAAAUGUGUUUUCAUAUUGAAACUGCUCAUUUUGAGCAAAAUGAACUAGAAAGAAGCUUUGAGAGAAUCAAUACAAUACAGAUUAGAACUUCAGAUAACAGGAAAGACACCUUACAGUGUAGAAUGGAAGUUAAUUCUAGUGUCCAUUCAGCUUGUGCAUCUAAUCAUCCAAAAAUUUCAGCUCAAAGCCUGCCUAAUGAUGGUACUUUAAAACAUAAAGCCUUUUAUUCGGAGAACUUAACUGAAUCUAGAAAAUUCCUUAAAAGUAAGGAAAAAGAGUGUGACCCAUCUAAAAUAAAAAGAUCAAUUUAUGAAACAACGUAUAGUCCUCCCGAAUGUCCGUUCUGCGGAAGAAUAGAAGAUUGUAGUCAAGAUAUGGAAAAUCAUGUGAAAACAAAGCAUGCUGAUCUUUUAGACACUCCAUCAGAAGACCAUGAUCAACCAUUGUAUGACUGUCCUAUGUGUGGGCUCAUCUGUACAAAUUACCAUAUUCUCCAGGAACAUGUUGACUUACAUUUGGAAGAAAGCAACUUUGGACAAGGCAUAGAUAGAGUCCAAUGUUCUAGAGAUCUAGAAUUGGCUCACCAGCUUCAACAAGAAGAAGACAGAAAGAGGAGAUCUGAAGAAGCACGACAAGAAAUGGGAGAAUUUCAGAAGCUGCAGAGACAAUAUGGUUUAGAUAAUUCUGGAGGAUACAAACAACAGCAACUACGAAAUAUGGAGAUAGAAGUCAAUAGGGGAAGAAUGCAUCCAUCUGAAUUUCAUAGAAGAAAAGCUGAUAUGAUGGAAUCGCUAGCUAUUGGUAUUGAUGAUGGAAAAACAAAAACUUCUGGAAUUAUUGAAGCACUUUACAGAUACUAUCAGAAUGCGGCCACAGAUGUGAGGCGCGUGUGGCUUUCCACAGGGGUGGAUCACUUUCAAUCGUCUUUUGGUGACAAAGGUUGGGGUUGUGGUUACCGAAAUUUCCAGAUGCUACUUUCAUCAUUACUGCAAAAUGAUGCUUAUGACGAUUGCUUGAAAGGUAUGUCAAUUCCUUGCAUUCCAAAAAUUCAGUCUAUGAUUGAAGAUGCGUGGAAGGAGGGUUUUGAUCCUCAGGGUGCCUCUCAACUUAAUAACAGGUUACAGGGGACAAAGGCCUGGAUCGGAGCAUGUGAAGUAUAUACACUUCUGACCUCCCUAAGGGUAAAAUGCCGCAUUGUUGAUUUUCAUAAGUCAACUGGUCCUUUGGGUACACAUCCUCGUUUAUUUGAAUGGAUAUUGAACUAUUAUUCUUCAGAGAGAGAAGGGAGUCCAAAAGUAGUGUGUACAUCUAAACCUCCAAUCUAUCUUCAGCAUCAAGGUCAUAGUCGAACAGUUGUUGGAAUUGAAGAGAGAAAAAACCGAACAUUAUGUUUACUAAUAUUUGAUCCUGGAUGUCCUUCUCGAGAAAUGCAGAAACUGUUAAAGCCAGACAUGGAGGCUAGCAAUCUCAAGCAACUUCGGAAAUUUGUGGGAAAUUUAAAACAUAAGCAAUACCAGAUAGUGGCAGUAGAGGGUGUUCUUUCUUCAGAGGAGAAAGUUGCCAGGAGACAAGCUUCUCAAGUUUUCACAGCCGAGAAGAUUCCUUGAAGAAUUAAGCAUUUCAGUGAUCAUGGAAUUUUACUUUAUUUUCCAAAUUCAGAUAUUAAGGUCCCUAAUACAGCUUACGAAUCUGAAUUCCUUACUCAACUUACAAUUUAAUUUCUAAAACAUCUAAAUCACACCUCGUGUACCUCAUUCUUUAGUAACUAUUUCAAUAAACAAUUUUGUUUGC